GGAUGCAAGAUGACUCUGAAAAUAUAACGAAAAAUGAUGCGUACUGAUCUAUGAUCAUCUCCUCUGUUUCGUUCCCGUCUUCUUAAUAUCGUGCAUCUAGAGGCAUGCCCCUGUCUCUGCGGUGAAACUGAGAGAUGAAGAGGGCGCAGCGCAGCAAAAUAGCGGACCCCGACCAUCAACCUGGGGACCACGACCAUCAACCUGGGGACCACGACCAUCAACCUGGGGACCACGACCAUCAACCUGGGGACCACGACCAUCAACCUGGUCAGUCGCUGUCUUCCAUGUUUGGGCAUGUCGUGUCUUACUUGUGCGGACGUCCGAGCAGAACUCCAAGGUGUACGUGUCGGUCAAGAAUGGGAAGAACACAAAAAAGACCAUGGAGGAACAGGAUAUGCAGGUUUUUCCGUUAUUCUCGGAUGAAUCGGCCAAGUACAACCAUGGGUUCUACGAUAGUGAACACAAGGACCACGACUCAAAAGCCUGAAGUUCGUCAACCUCAAAGUGGUCGUCGUGCAGAUGGAAAUCGAAACGGAAGCGCAGCGACUGCUACAACAGGGAGAUCUUUACCCUCCUCAACAAAUCCACAAGCCAGGAGGAGGCUUCUUCCUUUUCUUAUGAGUGCAGGGAGUGCAUCCCCAAAGUCAUCUGGAAGGAAAAAACAAGAAGAAACCGCGACCCAGAUGAUUUUUACUGGGAUGAAUUGCGUCUACACCUCUAAUCUCCUCGGCCGCUUACCAAUUCCUCCAUCUAUAGACGUCGAUCUUGUCCUGAUCACCUGCUGCUAUACCUGCUGCUUCCUCCUCUUCGCCUUCGUUCACGUGUACACACCGACGAUGCCUAAGUUAAGGAGAAUUACAACAGUUGGUAACACAUCAUCUCUGACCGGAGCAUCUUUUAGCCAUAAUUUUUACUGGAAAAUACCAUCAUCCUACCAAUGACAAAUCAGGGAGUAAUAUCACUCAACAAACUCAGGGAGUAUCAUACAUCCUUGAAAAGUGCUAAACGAUGUUCCACAGGUACCUAGUAGCCCUAGCUCUCUACUAAUUAUGUUAGUAAAUGCGCAAACGAUGCUCGAUUCUUAUAUGGCCUCGUGUACGUGUCAUAUACACUACGAGCUCUGGGUCCGCACCAUGUUUGAUAUGCAUCAGAUCUUCGUACCCGAUUUGCCGGAAUUGUUUUAUGUUGGAUGCUUUGUGUUGAAGUGACCGUACCUAGGUCACGCAUCAUCCUCGGAGGCGAGCAGGUGCCCGUGGGGCUCGUUGUGAAGGAUCCACAACCUAACCUAACCUUUUUUGUACUAGCUAAUCCUAAUCGCUGCAAGCAGAACGGAUACGAAUCCCUCCUCUAAGCAUAAUCGAAGCAAGAUCUUGGAGACCCGAGAUUUCUGAAGAUCAAGGAAUUGAUCCUGAAGAAUAGUGCGGAUUGUCCAGCAGCCAGUGAGGAUGCCAUGUUUUCAGCAGAGGAAAAAGCAAAAUGGAUAGAGCCAGCUUACGUGUCGGACUGUGCGCCGGGUCAUGUGGCAGUGCUGCUGAAUUGCGCAAUGAAAUCGAUAUUGUUGAGUAUGGCUGAAGAUGUUCUUGAAACGGUACAACUGGGUUGACUACAUUUAAGGGUUAACCAAUUACAUCCCCCACAACCAUUCCUCACUCUUUUUCCAGUAGGAAAGAGGUGAGGGAUGUUCUGAAGAAUGUAAUGCUGCAACCUUUACUACAUGAGAAGGCUGAGCACAUUGAAUCAUUACUAGGGUUACGUUGGCUGUCUUGUUGAUUAGGGCUUUUUAUCUCUCGGCAGUAGUUCUCUAAUGCAAGUGAUGAGGAUUCACGGGAACCCAACAAAUUCGGCACUCACAUGGACGUGAGACAUUUCGUACGGUACUAUCAAAUGGCGAACUAUCAGAUGCCCCUCAUCAUCACCUGUCUAGACCGAUCCAUAUGUUAUGGCGUGGAGGAAGAUUGAAAGUGCAAUAAGUGCUUUGAAGAUUACCAAAGGCAAAGGUCGGUAACGUUGAUUAUCAAAGAUGUUGGACUCGUACUAGUCAUAUGGCUUCUCCGCGUUACUUUAUAAGCACACCGCAUAAUAAAAAACUCCUCAGAUUAACUAGGCUCUGCUUUCUAAUAUCCGGGUUUCGAUGUGGACGAAUUUUUCGACAAUUACCGCAUGGCCAUGUUUCACGUGACCGAGGUUUCGAUGGAUAUUGAGAGGCGCACUGGUGUGAAGAAUCCGGUUAUAGAUGUGAGUCCGAAGCUUUUGCGCAAGAUAGUAUGGCGGAGCAGGGAGAACCCAUUAUCGUAUGGUAAAAAGAUUUGUUUAGUAAGUAAUGGCGAAGCCGGGAGAACCCGCUAUCGUAUGGCGGGAAGUAUUCUUUUGGUCUUUUAAGUCUAAACCAAUGAAUAAGAUAGAAGUACGACUUAAAGAUAAGAUUAGAAUGAAGUCGGAUACCCAUUAUACCGAGUAUGUAUUUUACCGACUAAGUAGAUUUAAAUCGCAGCCGUCUUUACUGUCAGACACAUAGUGUCGGUUGUCGUCGCCGACGUCUUUCUAAUUUCCAGAAGCACUUUUCUUCGAGCGGAGAAACAGUGUCUCAUUGCCAGAGCCAGAAGAAGGUUAUCUGAUAAAGCCUGGGCGCGAGGACAAAGAGUGCGCUUUUCUCAAAUCGGAGGAAUGGAUGAAUACAGCUAGUGCUGCAUCCGAAGAAGUUGCGAGCGGCGACGAUCAUAGAGUGGCUAGCAGUUCCGAAGGAGACAAAGUCCCUCACGGCCAACGUGAGCCCUGGACGCGCAAGGGCAGACGGAAAGAGCAACAUUGCGAUCCAAGUAGGAAAUCGAGAUUGCAGCAUCUGUCGGAAACAGAGUGCGCAACCCUGGUCGAGAACGCGUGUAUAUUAGGAAACGAGCUCUGGCUUUUCGGAUUGGACGAAGAGGAUGAGAUUGAGCCACCGUUUUUGCAAGGUACUAGAGGUAGUGCUGGGCAAGGUCGUAGUGCUGGAAGCUUAGGGAGGUCUACUGCUUCAUCAAAAAUGGAUGUGGAGUCAGAGGUAGACGAUGUGCCAUCUUCGACGUUAGGGGACAAAAGGUUUACUCGAGAACAGCAAGCUCGGAAUAGGAGAAAAGAUCGGAGACGAUGGACAACAACAAUGAAAAAAGAAUCAAACAGCGCUGGCGGAUUGGGAGGACCUCAGGACACAUCUACCAUUAGAAGAUUGCAACAAAGCGACUUAUCAAUCACCUCCAGUGACGAGGAGACAGAUUUUCUAACAGAUGACGAACACACUUCUUCUACUGUUUUCGCAGCUAGUAUGGGGAGUAGGAAAUCUUCAAGCAGUACUUCUACGACUUCCACUUCCUUUAUUUUACCUAAGGCCAAGCCGGUCGCUUACGAGUACAGGGUAAACGGGUUGCGAACCUGUGGAGAAUUCGGGAACUAUUUCUUUACCAACAUCCGUCACGGCAAUUUAGCACGUGACUUCCCUAGGAUGUGUGGGAACAGCAGCGCCCAUUUCACCGAUACGCUUUACUUAUGAGCAGAGAUCAUGCAGUUGGAGUUGGUACUCGCAUUAUUUGAUUCGUAUCUAUUUCAGUCGAGUUUCCAUUUUGAUCAGCAUCAACAUUUAUAGUAUACGUUGAGGUCGACCUACUUACAUCCUCUUCUUCUAACCUGAGUCGCGACAGCAAUGCUCGCGGGUGUCUCCGAAGGGAAUCCUUAUCACUUGUUGCACUUGACCGCUCCAGCAUAUUGGCAACUGCAGAAUGAGGCAUAUGGUGUCUGUGCCGACCCUUGGAGUGUGGAUGUGCGUUUCGAAUUCCCAAACCGGAAACAAGAGGAAAAGAUGAAUCACUUCUGGCGGAUAAUCACAGGACAGUACAAGGACAAGUUAUGAAAAGGAAGUAUACUAGAAGUUCAAUGCGCAAGAGAAUAAGAGUCAAUAGCAGUCGAACCUACUCACUUACCCUCUAGUUCGAUACGGAAGAUUCAGCCACUAGAAAUAACAAAAACAAUCAGAAUCUAUAGCAGUCGCAACCACUCACUUACCUUGUUCAAAGUAGCUGUAUCUGUAGCCUACAACCGAACGGCAUCAACAUAUUCUCCACCCUUCCAUCUCUAAAGGCGCCCUCCUCUGGGGAGAAGAAAAGUGAGCAGGUGUUGGAUCAGGGAAGACUGAUGAAAUUUUGGUGGUCAGGGCUGACGUACAAUCCACCGUUACCGUUGGGCCAAGACCUCAAACCGAGAUGCUAUAAACGUAUUUACUGUUUUUACAUAGUACUGACUUGAUGAUGUCGCUGUUGUGUAAUCCGAUUUCGAAUUCGAUGGAAGUGGUUUCCUAAUAUUGUAUCUACAUCAUCAUGUACUUCUAGAACGUCAAGCAAUCCAUUCUCAUUGUUGAGUCUCUACCUUCACUUCCUAUCGCAUCACACAUUACACCAGGUAUCAUUUUCGGUCGCGAAGCAAUCCGGACAGGGUUAGGCGGCUUUGUUACUCCAAGGGUGUUCAACUUCAUGCUGCAGCGUGUUCACAGCCAGUUUUCGGAGGCUAAUUCUCUUGUACCUGGCCAUGGCCAGAGCCUGAAUCCAGACCAGAAAUGCGACUGUUCAAGAGCUGACUUAGAGACGUUUCGAACGACCAAAUGCUGCUCCAUCGAUUGGGACUAUUCAAGACGCUUUCUAUACUACCAAACUGACGACGACAACCCAAAAACGCAUUCUCUAGGAUAUCAGGUGGACCUUCAAGAACAUGAUUGCGAUUUCUUCAGUGAUCCUAGUUGCCUGCACGGGUAUCCAAGAUCACGUGCAGCUGCACAUCUUUUGUCGGCGGACGGUGCUGAGGAAAAGAGCACUUUGGUUGCAGUGGAUUACUCUGCGGAUCGGGAGGUGUAUGUUAUUAUGGCAAGAUUGUCUAUGAUACUCUACCUCUAGAUGUAGUAUCUCUUCAUUCUAGCACUGUUCUCUUCGCUUCGAGUACAUUAGUAUGGCAAGAUGAUGCUAACGGGACAUUAUGCAUUUUGGAACUCGAACUCGUCUCAAUUUCCUUCCAUCACACUAUCUUUCACUAAUCCCCGAAACACUGAGACGUCACAACUCGUUUUCGUCAACAACAUCGAUAACGCAGCAGAAAGAACAGGGAUGAGGACUUUCAAGAUGGUUUUGGUGCAGAGGAAGCCACGCGCAAGACGCAUGAUCGAGAACGUGGACAGCGUCUUAGACUUUCUCUCUCAACACGCCAAGGAGAGAGAUUACAAGCUUGCGGUGUUAUUACGAUUGAAAUAGAGGCAGGAUCAGGAAAAAGAGAGAAUAUGUAGAGUACUCAUGACAGCUUGAACGAGGACGAGAGAAAAUUUAGAAUGAAAUGUCUUCUCCUCAUCGCUAAUCCUCGUUCUCUACCUUGAGGAGAUCACCCCGACGACGCAGUAUUUCGUGGCGAAGCAAGCGGAUGUCUGGAUGGGCUCAACGGGUGCCGCCAAUGCUUGGCUAGUGUUCAUGCGUUCUGGGGCAGUGGUGUUGGACCUCUUUCCCCCACUGAACGGCUUCUGCGAUAGAGGGUGGAACCAAAACCCUGUCACUCACUUCGGAGGCUUGUCGCGACUUCACGGCAGUGUGAAUCACAAUUGCGAAGUGCAUCGAGGAAAUGGAGGGGAGAAGAGGUGGUAUAUUUAUGGCGAGAAGUAGAUAGCCUCACUAAGUAGAUAGAGAUAUUGAAUGACUUUUCACCUCACUACUAGUUGCUGUAAAAAAUAGUACGCCGUGAAGUAGAUCACUACCCCAGAACCUAAUGCCUCUUAAAUGAUACUAGUUGUAUCUCAUUUUCGUUCCUAAACACGAACACCACGACCCUCAUUUUCAUUUUCCGAUCAAGCAGUUUAUCGCUGAAAAUGGUGGAUUCUGGCACAAUCAGAAUAUCUUUAUCGACCUAGAGAAAUUCUCGCCAAUCUGGGAUCGGACGAUUGAAAUUCUGACCCGUGACGAGCGACCCAACGGCACCUGGAACUUCCCGCUUCAACCUGCAGAGUCCGACGCGAAGGGGACAGAUGUCUAUAUUAGGCAUAACAAAUGACGAUGUACAAAGAUUGCGUAAAACGCAACGAAAUCGACGGACACGAAAAGCAAUGAAAAAAUCUAGUGACUCGCAAUGUUCUUGACAUCAGACACUAAUUAACACUACAUCCAACGACUUUGAUAUAUAUGAAACAGUUUCAGACAAUCUAUCAAGGGAAAUUAUUGAGGAUACAAAUUUUUCUGAAGCAGGAGCAAUGCGGCAGGGG